AUGUUGCCAGCGCUAUCGAGCAAUAGUGCACAUCAAUUACAUUUGGAUAACAAUAAUAGCGCAUCACAACAACAACAACAACCAUUGGAGCAAUCUCAACAGCAGCAGCAGCAACAACGCUCCAACAAACGUAGCGCCAGCAUGAUAUUUCGCAUCGAACACCUGCUGCCAAGCACCAGUCGGGGACCACUAGGUAUUGUACCGAUUGCAACAACAAGCGGACAUUUAAUGAGUGAUCGACAGUCGCCAACAUACACAGUAACCACUGGCGCCCCUAGCAGCACCUCCACCAUUACAACUACCGCCAAGCGUGCCAAGCAACGUGCCACUUGUAACGGUGUACUCCUGUCGCAAUUCACGCCGAAGGAUUCGCUAUCCGAGCCCAUACCAACAUAUGCACUGAUGAGUGCUAGUCACAUAGCGGUUAGUGAGCAGCCCGUUACGGCAUAUUGCACGCUCUCGCAAGGUGUGUUGCGCAUGAGUCCGGAACUCUUGCGUCGCAUAAAGCUCUCGGAGGACAUACACAGUUAUAAUGCGCUGUUCGAAUUGCAACCGGGCGGUGCUGUGUAUGUGCGUACGGUGCGCGAUGUGGCGCGUGAUGAGGAACUCGUGGCGUGGUUCGGCGAAGAGAUAGCGCUGCUGAUGUCCAUACCAUUUCUUACGCCGCUAAAUAUACAAGGCAAUAAUCGCUACACUUGUCACCUCUGUCAACUAACAUUCGAAACACCCAAUCCGCUGAAGAUUCAUUUGGCUCUCGGCUGCGGUCGCCACUCUAUGGACAUACUUUGGAUACGCCUACACUAUGCGCUGAAAGCAACUAGCUAUACACAACAACAUCAACAGUUAUUCGCAACCACGACGACACUAGCUGCAACCCAAGCGCCGCUCGCACGGCACUCGCCAACUGCCGCUGCUUCGAGCACUUCGUCAAUCUCACCGGCGUCAUCACCAAAACCCGCUCCGCUGACACAGCCAAGCACAGCGCAGCCACAACAUCAACCACAAGUACAACGUUUUUCUGCCUUUAAACCCGUUUCUCAAUCCAUCGCAUUCACCGCCGCCGUAUCCACGAGCUCCUUUAGCAACCCACAUGCGCACACCAGCACUGCUGUCAGCCCCAGCACGGCUCUAUCGUACCUGCCACCGAUCGCCUCUGUUGGCGGUACUUUGUCUCAUAUGCGCCUACUACAGCCGAGCAGCAGUAUAGGCAUUGGUCCCACAAAUCCCCUGAAUGCUGCCGCACAAAUCGAAGCGAUCGUUAGCAAUAUGGGCGCCUCGAAACAGGGUCAUCUCUGCAUCUACUGUGGCAAGGUAUAUUCUCGAAAGUAUGGUCUGAAAAUUCAUAUUCGCACACAUACCGGCUUCAAGCCACUCAAGUGUAAGUUCUGUCUACGUCCCUUCGGUGAUCCAAGUAAUUUGAAUAAGCACGUUCGCUUACAUCUACAAUCGAACGUAACAAAUACGCCAGUUGAGGGUUACAAAUGCACGCUGUGCAACAAAACAUUGGCGAGAAGACGCGAUCUCCAGCGUCAUAUUGAAUCGCGGCACUCCGGCGAUGGAGGCAGCACCUGA